GUUCGGCUGGCGAGGCGGGACCGAGAAUGGAUGAGGCCUUUCAUCGCCGGCCCCGAAACAGGCUAGGCAUCAAGUAUUGGUUGAAGUUUGCCCAAGCGGAGGUCCUGGCCACGUUUCGAAUUAUCUUGCGGUAUCCCAUUAGCACGCUCCUUCUUCCAUUUAUAGCAUUUGCCCUCACGCUUGGGAUUGGAGUUUGGUCGCUUACAACGGUGCGGAAUGCUCAGGUGGAUGCCAACAGGGAGCGGGGCGCCAUUAUGGCGCUGGACGUGGCGGUUUGGCUUCGCCAGCAGCUGAGCACCGCGAUCGCACCAGCACUUUUGGCGGCGGCCGUGGUACAAUACGAUUCUCGAUGGAGCGCAGUGGAACCUUUAUUCCAGGGAUUGGCGCCCGCGAUGCUGGCACAGGCCCCCAACAACUCCAUCCGGGCGCUCCAGCUGCAGCCCAGUGGCGUGAUCCGAAGCGUAUAUCCGCUGAACGGAAAUGAAAACGCGAUUGGACUCAAUCUUUUUACAUCGGCCAGCAACAAGGAAGGCGCGCUGAAGACAGUUCGGGACCGUACAAUGACCCUGUCGGGGCCGCUAAACCUAGUGCAAGGCUUUUACGGCGUCAUUGUGCGCCAGCCAGUGUUCGUGCGGGGCUCAGCUCCGAAUGCCACGUUUGGUGUACCGGACCCGCUGCCAAACCCAGCCUGUGGCGAGCCAUGCACGUACAACUCGAGCACAGGACUCUUCUGGGGCUUUAUCGGUGUGGUCGUGGACGUGGAUGCUCUGACCGACACGGACUCAAAGCUGGAGUCGCUGCGACACAUGGGCUACAGCUACAGCAUCACGGUGGUGGGCGCGGCGCAGGGGUCGCGGCCCGUCGCCGAAAGUGCCGAACCGCCAAAGGAUCCAGUGACGGCCAUGGUGGCCCUGCCCAACGCCCAGUGGGAGGUGGCGGUGGCCCCGAAGGAUGGCUGGAACACGAACUGGUACGGCGGCCUGUUGGCGGGCGUCAUCGUGCUCUCACUCGUGGUAUCCGGAGCACUGCUGCUGGCACUUGUGUCAAGGCGACGGCAUCAGCAGCUGCUGGAGGCGGUCCUGCCCAGGUCCUUAAUCCGCGAAUUGGACGCGGACGGUGGCUCUUCACUGAACAUUGGGAACAGGAGGACAGCUCUGCAGGCCAUCGGUGCGUACUGGGGUGUGCUAGGCGGCGAGACGCCGGCUGACCUGCUGCUUGACAUGAUGAGCGACCUACUGGAGGGCUUUACGCCAGAGUUGUGUGAUGUGGUGUUCAUCCGGACAGCGCUGCUGCGCAAUAUGGACCUGUACACGCCAAUCGAUGUCAAGAACCACAUUAAGGGCGCGAAUCUGGACGCUGAAGUGGCUCAGGCGCUGAUGCAGCAGCUGGUGGGCGCGGGGCCGCGCUCCGGCCUCUGGGACCCCGCCCAGUUCAACAUGGACCUGGCCGCAGCUGGCAACGGCACGGACAUUGAGGAGGACGUCGAGCGCAACAGCAACCCGGCCAACGAGGCGCACGCUGGCACCUUUGACUUGUUCUCGACCACGCUGGCUUUCAUUGUAUCCUCCGAAGCCGUGGCGAUGGGACGCUUCUCCAUGACGCCUAGCGGCGUACGGCAGGUGCCCAGCAACGUGGACAGCGACGGCCCUGAGAGCGUGCUGCCAGCGUUCGCGCGCGGUUCCAGCGUGCUAGGCGGCGUGAUGGGCGCACUGCGGGGGCUCCAGCGGGAGAGAGAGGUGACCUUCAGCGCCUCGGGUCUCACGCUGGUCGCGGACUCGGAUGGAGCAGCGGCAAUCGGGGAUGGGCCGGAGGCCAGCGGUGGUGGUGGUGCUGGAAGCGGGGCCCCCACACGCGCCCAGUCAGGUGGCGGCAUGCGGGGUUUCCUCGCAGCAGCGGGCAUGAGCGUCAAGCGCCGCAGCAGCAUCAUGUCGGUGGCGUCAUCGCAGCAGCAGUACCCGAGCACGGACGGUGCGGCUGCCAGCGGCGGGGGUGGGGGCGGGGCAGGCAGUCCCAACGGCCUGCGCCUGACGGUGCCGGGGGCGCCAGUAGCAUCACACGUGCAGAUGGAGGAGGGUCUGGCGCACCGGGCGGGGUCAGUGUCUGGCAGAACACCGCCGCAGGGACACCGCAGCAGCAGGCGGAUGGCCCUGUUCGCCAAUAAGGAGCGCAGGGACAGCCUAGGGCCGCGGGAGUACCGGGAGCGACGGACCAGCACCGAGUCAGCACCGGGGGCGGAGGCGAAUUCGACGCCAGCCCAGCCGUCCCCGCCGCCCGUUAUUGCGGACGAGGUGGAGCGGCUGCUGGUCAAGGCGGACAGCUGGCACUUCGACAUGCUGGAGGUUGCCAAAGCAACAAACGGGCAUGCGCUGAGCGUCACAGGCUUCUUCAUCAUUCAACGAGCUGGCCUCAUCCGCCGCUUCAAGCUGAACCCGGUUGUGCUGGCGCGCUUCCUGCGCUGCGUGGAGUCUGGCUAUGUCAACACGCCCUACCACAACUCCACGCACGCCGCCGACGUGCUUCAGAUGCUGCACGUGAUCAUCCACAACGCGCAGCUGCACGUGCACUACCUGGACGAACUGGGGCUGCUGGCGAUGUACUUUGCGGCGGUGAUCCACGACUUUGGCCACCCCGGCCUCACCGGUGACUUCCUGGUGAACACGUCGGACCAGCUCGCGCUGCGCUACAACGACCGCUCGCCGCUGGAGAACCACCACUGCGCCGCCGCCUUCACGCUCAUGCGGCGGCCGGAGUUCGGCCUGCUCGCGCCGCUCAGCGCGGCAGAGCGCAGCUCCUUCCGCAAGCAGGUGAUCGAACUGGUGCUGGCCACGGACAUGAAGCAGCACUUCUCCAUCCUGUCGCACUUCAACACAGUGCACCGCCUGGCAGCCUACUCCCAGCAACAGCAGGCGCAGCCAGCAGCAACGCCCCAGCCACCUGGAACCAUGUUGACCAAAACACCAACAUUGCAAAGGAGGUCCAGCGGGGACCUGCGCGAGGUGGUGGUGAGUGGCGGCCCUGACACCGUGGCGCCACCCAAGCCCCUGGACGACACGGAGCGGUCUCUGAGCCUGCAAGUGGCGCUCAAGUGUGCGGACAUUAGCAACUUGGGCCGCGAGCUCGAGUGCUACAAGAGGUGGGUGGCGCUGCUGGAGGAGGAGAUGUUCCUGCAGGGCGACAAGGAGCGCGAGCUGGGCAUCUCCAUCAGCCCGCUCUGCGACCGCACCAAAGUGGGCGUCAGCAAGAGCCAGACCGGCUUCUUCGAUUUCGUGGCGCUGCCACUGGUGCACGCCAUGUCGUCGGCGUUCCCGGGCGCGGCAAAGCUAAACCGGUUCUUCCUGGACAACUACAACUACUGGAAAAAGCCGGUGGAGGCCAGCAGCGGGGGCCCCAAUGGCACCGGUGCUGUGCCGCCCACGCCUUCAGGAGGCGCCAGUGGCAAAUCGGUGGCGGCGGUGGCGCCGGAGCCUCAAUCAGCAGCGGGCCAGCCAGCUGCCGCACAGCUGGAGCAGCCGGAGCCUCAGACACCGCCGCAGCCCCGGCAGGGAGCCCAGGGCCCGCCGCUGGAUUUCAAACCUGGCGGGGCCGAGGGCCCCAAGAAGCAGGAGGCAGCGCCGCUGCCGGUCAAUGGCGGUCCUGUGUGAGCGCUGCAUGAAGGAUGGCCGGCGUCUUGAAGGAUGGCCGGCGCCCCGGUGCAACAUGGGUUCUGCGGCUUUCAGGGCCAUCGCCUAUUGUAGGUGCACUGAGAGUGCGCCCAGGAGGUGACCCCGUGAGAUGGCCCCAGGUCUCCCGGACACGCUGCGGGCCGCGUGGUGCCGCAACCUAGGGCGUGCGUGUACACGGCCUGGCCCUGAGGAUUCCUGUGCUGCUGGGUCAUGUGCGGCAGACCUGAGUGAGCCGGCUUAUCGCAGAACCAAACAGCUCGAAUAACUGGAGACGGAUCUGCAAGGCGACGGCGGUAGCAUGGAAGGAGCCAUACGGUUUGAGCGGAAGUUGAAAGGAGCGGAAUUAGGUACGAGUCAUGUGGGUGGAGCGGACA